CGAGAAAGCAAGUACUAGGUCGAAAAAAAGAUGCCAGGAGCAGCAGACAAAGGCCCGCCUGCAUAUACUGCAACAGGCGGCAAACAGUUGCUGUGGCGCAUGAUUAAGGAUCGAGACACUUCAUCUUUGCAGACCUAUUUGCUGCAUUAGUUACAAAGCAAAUUUACAAAGCAAAUACGAAGUGUCUCAAUCUUUAACAUGCAGAUCAUUUUCGAUGCUUCUGACAACACAGUGCUGCAGCCUCUGUGGAUUUUAAAGGUGCUUCUUUUAGCUUAUAUUUUUGACGCUAAUCUCAUUCAUGCUCACGACACUCGCUGCUAAUGAUGAUCAUAGUUUGCUUCAACAAUUUGUAUUUGACUGAGGAAGAAGAUCAUGGGUCCAAUCCUCGAAAGAUUUUCUAUCUUACUUUUCACAGAAAGGAAGAGCCGUGGAUAUUAUUGAAGCAAUCCUUUUCGGCUCAGCACCCGAAUACGAAAAGUUGCGCAAUAGGUCGCAGGAAAAAGACGGUAAUAGAUAGAAGCUUGAAUAUCCUCUUUAAUGUUCAUGAUGGGGAUUUUUGAUAUUAGAGAUUUUACGAGUGUAAUUUUGUAGGAUCCCACUCAGUCGCUGUCACUCUUAGUUCGCAGAGCAAUCUUGGUCUUUCAGCAAUUACAUCGUGAUCAACCGUCACAUACAGAAUGGAUCCGCUACGUCGAUGCCAUGACUGAAUACGAUGCAUUCUGGAGAAUCGCAGCGAAGCUCGAGCUAAUUGGGAUUGGACAAAAGAAAGGUGACGAAAGUUAUGAGAGGUUGAGGUUAAUUGACGUUAAUUAUGCUUCUUCCUUAUAUAUUGCAUUCUAAUCGGUCGCGUGAUGAUUUAGAUUCUUUACCCCAUUUGUGCUUUACUGAGUACUAACAGUUUCUUUCAUUCUUCUCGUAUAGUUUUUGUUGGUGUUUCACAUCUUGGUCACUAUAGAUCUAGGCUUGACCAUUCUAAUGUCUACCGGUGAACCCUACGAACGGGCAGCUGCAGAAGCUCCAGGUACGGAAGUGGUUACUAAGGUUCCCACUUUCAUUUAGUUACACCACUCACAUCUAUGGAAUAUUGAUUCCCUCCGAGUAGCAUAAGCUGAAAUUGAGUGUACUACUUGAGGUGGAGACGCGGCUUUCGUAUCAGACGUAAGGACGCGAAGCAUGGACGUGCAUGCUAGUGUUGCACUGUAAGCCCAUGCUUCUCAUGCUUACCCGUAUGUAGAAGCAAUUAAUAAUACAAAAACAACACAGAAAAAGUCCAAGUCCCGUGCAUUGUCCGCAAAGAACAAGGCUACAGUGGAUAAAGCUAGAAGCUCUUUCUUCGAAAUGCUAGAGAAGCUGGGCAUGUCGCCGCUACGUUAUGGCGCUGAUUUUGAUUCACUAUCACGCUCAGCAAUUAGUCAUCUUCACCUUGUUCCUUGUAGAGCUAGACGUAGACUUGGCGAAUUUGUCACGGUGGAACGCUUGGACUUGUUGAAUGAUGCGCCACUUCUAAGCAGACUUCUAUGUCUAUUAGUAUCUAAGUCGUGGUCUAUUCAUAUUGGCAUCCUGUUCAUCGUCUAACAGCACAGCGUGAGGCAGUCCAUUUACAUCCAACUCGGGUAUGACAUUUUCGGAGCUGGGCUGAUUAAAAUGCGAGCUUUUUUGCCGGAAAACACCAAGAAAACACCUGCAUACAUGGCGAUCAGAGACGUGCAUACAUUUACUUUUUUUCUUUCUAAGUAUCUACAAUUGUUUUAGGAGUUAGUAUGUCGAUGUUCUAGGGAAGUACUCAAAUUAUAAUGCUUCAAGUCGAGUCUAUUACUCAUGAUUCUCUCUUCCUCCCUCCAUCCAUCCAGCCUACUGCUUCUUAUGCUUUCUUCAAUCAGGAAUUUUCUAAAGUUAGAGGAUCACCGGAGGACAGUUUUUGUUUCGACAAGUUGGAUGCCAGUUUUGCGGAAGUUUCAGACACGAUCCAAAAAGUCUACUGCAAUAGGGACCUCGCUAUUAUCGGUCUAGGCCUCUUGGGGAAGCUAUCCACCUACGCCUUUUUCGAAAAAACUUAAGGCAUCAAGUUGUUAUUGUUCUUUUCUCUUAUUGUAUUAAAAUAAACAAUUUGAACAAGGUGGCCCUUCUUAUCUUCAUCGUUUGCAAUGAAGGUAACCUUAGGUUGGGCAGUAAACUGUAGUGAUGUCCUAGCUUUCCUCUCAUAGAAUGAAGGACGUUCUUCGCCUUCUCUGUUCUAACAUGCGGACGAGGUGCGUUUUUAUCAGCUUGGUAUCAUGCCGCAGCUCUACUCAAAAUUUUUGGAUUGGAAAGAAAAGGAGCUACGCGGCAUCGAAUUGAAGAGCGUCGUGUUAUGAGAGUAGUGUUGAAGAACCCAGGUUGAGCAAAGAUUGAGUAUUUCGCUAGACAGAGGCAUCAACUUGGUACCAGAAAAAAAGAACAGACGGGCACAAGUUCCAAUAGAAGUCCACAAGGUAGACAUACGGGCGCAAGCAAUAGACUAUAAGCACAGGAGAAGCUUCGUUUUUGAUUUUGCGCCUUUUUUCUAAGGGUAGUUUGUUACUUCGAUAUUCUACAAGGGUUAGGUGUGAAGAGUCUUAAGUGGUAAAAUAGAUAAAUUUAGAGUAUCCUAAAUUCUAAUACGCGUAUUCGUGCUAUUUCUGUUCCUGAGGUCUACCUUUUUAACGGAAGAUAGUGCUCGCAGUAAUUCUUCUCAGUCAAGGGCCUUACUUCUCUCAUGGGUGCCAGGUCACAGAGGAUGAGCGAAAGAUUUACUCGCAGCCCUUUUAUGUGAAUAGAUCAUACGGCUGCUAGAUCUCGCUCGGCAUACUCGUAGUCUCGUUGUUCGCUUCUAUAAUCUUAUCCUCACCUGUUCCACCACUGCUACCUUCUAUCUCUAAUGCUUUCACCGAGCAAGGACUCCUCAAUCGAUCGGCAAUCAGAUUACGCCCGAAUUGCGUCCUCUCUGGGGUCCGAGAGCAUCAACGAUAGGUGCGUAGCGCACGGAGGUGCGCCGUCGUCUAGUACUACUGAUGCAACGACGGACGCUGACGCUACCGGAGAAACCAACGCUGUCAAAGACGCGGGCAAAGCUGCUGCCAAAGCUGCAGCGAAGCAGGCUGCCAAGGCAACCAAGGCAGCCAAGGCUGCUGCGAAGAAACAGAAAGAAGCAGAAGCUGCUGCAAAAAAAGCGGCUGCAGCUGCUAAGAAAGAAGGUCGUAAGCGAAAGGUGA